AUGUCGUCCUUCACCGGAGCAGAACUCGCGGCAAUGGUGAGCGUUGGAUUCAUUCUAGGCACGCACGCGACGUUUAGCGCCGCCUUGGAGGCGAAACUCAUCCUCAUGAGCGCAGAACUACGAAGGGUGUGCGGCUACGAACACUGGAUUAAAGGAGCGUUUUUGAUAACGAAUGUUGAAGCGGCGAAUGAUGAAAAUCGCGAAAUUGUGGACUCGAAGUGGGGACGGUUGCGACGAAGAAUUCCAGAACGCGAAGACGACGCCGGGGAGGAUAUCAUCACCGGAGUGAACCUGUCUGGAUUACAGAGCCUGGAUGAAGUGGUAGCUGGAGAGAGUCGACUGUUUGAAGUCGUGGAUGGCGAAGAGGGUGUGGGGGAGGUCUCGGAUCAAAUCGCUCGACAGGUUUUAGGACGAUGGUUCGAUGAAGUCGAAGAAGACGGCGAUGAGGAUGGCGAUGAGGAUGGCGAUGAGGAUGGCGAUGAGGAUAACGACGACGACGACGAUGAUGAUGAUGAAAAUGUUCAAAAUGAGAGCCCGGUGGAGGACGACGCGGAUGUUGAAAUCGAGGAUGCGGCGGAUGAAGAAAAUGAAGGCGUAGACGGCGGCGACGUACAGAUCGUGAGAAUGGUCAGGAUGGUACGAACGAAGGUGGCGACGACGCGGAUGGAGGAGAACAAGGAGAACAAGGAGAACAAGGGAACGCUCGAAUCAGACCCCGCGCGCUCCCGGCGAAUGAAAUUGCGAAUCAUCUGA